AUGUCGGUGCCGGUGGAAAGGCUGGCCAUCAGACAUCGCACCUCGGACGACUUCCCGCUUGCUGUCACCAUCUUCAAACCCAAAGCAUCCGCCGACGUCAAGGCUAGUGUCGUCUUUGCAAACGCUACAGGUGUUCAGGGUCGAUUCUAUCACAAUGUGGCUGCAUGGCUUUCGCAAAAUGGCGUAGCCGCCUACACAUUCGACUACCGCUUUUCGGGUGCAUCCUUCCCACUCGAAUGCGAAACACAAAAGCUCGCAGAGGAUGAAGACUACUUCCAAGAAGCACUGCGCAAGUGUCCGGACAACGUCGACCUUACCACCACGUGGUCUAAGGUAGACCUUGCCUCGAUAGUUCGGCUGGCAUACCGAUCCAAUCCACAGGCCGAUGUGACCGUCAUCGGACACAGUUUAGGCGGUCAUCUGAUGGCUGUUUUACCUUCAGAUCACAUCUACGGCCCUACGGCCAAAGUCAGCCGUUUCCUUAACGUCUGCGGCGGCAACGCUUUUGUUCAGAACCAGAAGGAACCCGACGCAGCAGAGUUUGGCUUUAUGGAGAUCGUUGUCAAGCCGCUGGCAGAAGAAAAGAUCUUUCGGGCUGCCAACCUGGGUCUUGGAUAUGAUCUGCCGUAUGGUCCAGGCGUAGAGUGGGUUCAGUGGUACUUUCAUCCCCAUUUUGCCUUCAACCGUCCUGAGAACCUCAAGCUCGUUCGCAAUCUCAAAGGCAAGCGCUUGCUGUAUAUCGGCUUCCAAGACGAUGAAAAGAUCGGCAAAAACAUGAUGGAAAAGUACCUCGGCAUGUUUGACCUCUCUGAUGGUCUCAAGCAGAGUCUGUGGAUCGAUCCUGUCAAGAAAGGCUGGCCAGCUUGCGGUCACGUCAAUGCUUUCACCAAGAGCAAGCAAGCGAAUCUCGUUCCGGUUGAGCACGGAGAAGCAUAUACAUCACAAGCCGAGUUCGAGAAUGCCAUCUCACCUAACCCGAGGCCGCCACGCAACACACUGAGCAAAGAGGAAAGCAUCUGGAAACUGUUUUUGGACUACAUUCUUGGAAACGAGGUGGAUACAUCACAAGCCGAAUACAAGAUUUGGCAGCCACAAGACGAGAGAGACAUUGUACGCGAGCAGAACGAGGAAGCUGAGUCGCGUGCCAAGGAACCAAGGCCCGAAGACGUCAUCCUCGGUCUUGUACCGCCACGCAAGGCCAAGCUGUAA